AUGGAACAUCUGCUUUUCGCCCUCGUCAUCACUCAACUUACCUUGAUCGAAGAGUACUCUCAAUCGAUUGGAGACUACUAUUCUGGGGUACCAUUUAGGCUUCUAGGCAAUCUCACCUACAGUUUUUAUCUCAGAAACAGUGACUGUGACAAGGUAGCGCUGUGGUUGCAUCAAAUUGUGGACGGUUCGCAAGUCUUCACAGCCGCUCCAAUGGCAUGCCCCUUCGUGUUGCCGGAUCCGCUGGCGACACCACCACCUGCAGUAGUCGUAUCAACGCCACCACCAGCCCCGAAAAAGGAGUGUAUCGCAGACGUCGUAGACGGGGAAACUCAUGAAGCUGUGAUUUCGAUUGUGUCCACUCUGAAAUGGGAUCCAUCGCAGAACAGCAUCCUGCAGCAACUUUAUGAACGAACGCUUGCGCCACAGCUCAGUCCGCUCGGGUGCUUGGUAGGCGGGAAAGUGGAGAACAGGACAGGGUAUUUUGCACUUCAGUAUGUCGUCGUCAACACCAAGUGUAACGAGGUAUUGAGGGGAAGAUUAAACCUGCAGUUCGGAAUCCCG